CCGCCAAGAUCUUCCCAAAUCAGCAGGAAUUGUCUGUUCGUUUAACUGGAAAGUGGAAACUAUACAAAGCCAACAUCAAUCAAUACAAAGUCAAGUUUCAAACGCCUUCCUAAUUUCACUUUCCGCUCAAACGCACUACCCGUUUCGGUUUCACACUCUCAUGUCGACUGCCGAGACGUCGGGUCAGGAUCUAAACCCGAACUUCAACUCGCCCAAACGAGGCCCUAACAGACCCGACGAAACCCUAGCCGCCGACCUACCAUCCGAUCCGCUUCUCGAUUUCGAUUCCUUCAUCGACGCCACCGCCACCGCCACCGGAGGUCACCGGACGCCUGAGAAGCUACGCAUGCACCGAUCUUCCAGCAGCGCGUCGGCUUUCUUGGCCUCGGAGAACUCGAACGGCGCGGAGCAGAACGCGGCGUCUCCGGCCGGAGCUCAGCCACGUCGGGCGCCGGCGGCGUCUCCGGAUUGGUUGCCUUCCGGUUGGUCUAUCGAAGACCGAGUUCGGAGCUCCGGUGCCACAGCUGGAACGGUAGACAGGUAUUAUUUUGAUCCAGUUUCAGGCAUUCGAUUCCGGUCAAAGACAGAGGUUCUUUACUUUUUAGAAACAGGAACCAAACGUAAAAAGAAGAAACUAAUGGAGAACUCUGAUGCUGAUACAAUGGUGAGCCAAAAGCAAAAGGUUGUUUUGUUGAAGGGCUCUGGAGGCCAGAAACAAAAGAAGUCCGCAACGAAGGCAAAGAGUUCUGUUUUGAAAUUUGAUUUUCUCAAUGUGCCUGAGAAGGUCAACUGGGUUUUCACAGAUUCCUCCCAGGGGUCCUGGGCUCCUUUUAUUGGUGACAAAAAGGUGUCUGAAUCUAUCAAGCAAGAAUGGGCUACUGCGUUCACAGUCCUCACCUCCAGACAAGAUUCUCAGAAGAUGUUUUGACGGGCAUUUUUCCAAACUCUCCAUUGUAUCAUUAAGAGUAUGAUCCCAUACUGACCAAUGCAGUAUGCAGCUCUGGGAUGGAUUCUUGUUUAGAUCAGUUUCAUUGUUGCUGGAACUCAAGGUACGUGUUUCAACCAUGGAGUUGUGCUUGGCAAUUUUGCGAACGGUUGAAGUGUAAGUCAUGCUUUUUCAAAGAAGUCAAGAGCCCUACUAAAGAAUGGAUUCAAGUUUUGCGUAUAUUAUUAUUCUUUACGCUUCGAUCUGAGGUUGUGUGUUUUCUUGCAUCUGUGGCUGAUUGGUUUCUGCUGACUAAGGAACUAAAUUGAAUUGGUUGGGUGGGGGUUGGUUGACUUCUUUCUUCAGCUAGUAUUCAUCUUUUUUCUUUUUUCUUUUUUCUUUUUUUUUUUUUCUUUUUUUUUUUUUAUAAUUAGGGUGAGAGAAACUUGGAUGUAACUGCUAUCUAUCAAUUUAUUAGAUAAAGGUAUAUUUUGCUAAUUACCCUACUAAAAAAUUUGAAUAAUACAUUGGCGGCAUCAUUAGACAAAGGUGGCCAGCAGAGGAUGAGAAGCGAAUUUGAGUAAAUGAGAUUUCACCA